AUGUGGAAGAAGGCUUCCGAAGCGUUUAAAGACUUUAGCAGUCUAUGCGUAGUGAAUCUUGCUCCUCGAUCAUCGCUUCGGAAUCCUGACAUUGAAGCUGCGGUGAUAAAAGCCACCAGCCAUAAUGACUCCCACAUUGAUUAUCACAGCGCACAACGCAUAUUUGCAUGGAUACGUGUUUCCAGCCAUUACGUUCGGCCAGUAAUGUCGGCGAUUUCCACCAGAAUGGAAAAGACCCGAAGCUGGACGGUGGCCUUGAAAGGGCUCAUGCUUUUGCAUGGCGUCUUCAGUUGCAAAGUCCCUGCCGUUCAAAAGAUCGGCCGGUUACCGUUUAAUCUCUCGAAUUAUAGAGAUCGGAACCCUAAUUGUUCUCACCACGAAGAGUUCAUUCGUGCUUAUUAUGAGUUUCUUGAUAAAAAAUCAUCGUUCUUGUUCAACCAUUCGCAGGAACGGAAAGAUCAAGGAAGGACCAGAAGGGGAAAGGAAACCAAAGAGAAGCCGAAACAAUCUUCCAUGAUGAAAGACCUUGUUUGGUUGGAAAAUCUUCAAGAAUUGCUCGAUAUAUUGCUCAAGAUCAAACCGCAGAAAGAAAAGAUGAUGAAUGUUUUGGUUCUUGAAGCAAUGGAUUGCAUUAUGAUCGAGAUCUUCGACAUUUACAUUCGCAUUUGUAAUGGAAUUGCCGGGGUUCUUGUGAGGAUAUAUUCCGCCGCGACAUCGGAAGCCGGAAAGGCGUUAUCCAUUCUGCAAAAAGCAGCAGUUCAAGGCGAGGAAUUGUCACGAUAUGUCCAGUUCUCCAAGGAUUUCGGGGUUCUCAAAGCAUCGGAAUGCCCCAAGAUCGUGAAUAUUCGACCAGAAGAUAUUCGAGCACUCGAGCAAGUAAUAAAUAGUGAUGCAUUCCAACAGAGAUCCGAACAGUCGAGUCCAAAAGAAGAGGAUAAAUCGAUGAUGUCCGAGGAGGAUAAAGAUGACGAUGCGCCAAACGAUUCUACAAGCGAUUCGGAAACCACAAUCACCGACGAUUCCGAGGAUUUCGACCAAGAACAGGAGAAGAGGAACUAG